AUGUCGGCGCAAGCAAGUCGUUCGAAGAAGUCGGACCAGGACCAACGGGCCGCUGAUCAGGCUCUCCUUAAUGCAGCCAUCGCUGACAAUGACAUGGAACAGGAUGAGAAUUUCACAGUGAUCGACAAGCUCGAGUCGACAGGAAUCAGCUCUGGCGACAUUUCGAAACUUAAAGAAGCCGGCUACUAUACAUACGAGUCGUUGGCGUUCACAACGCGUCGCGAACUGCGAAAUGUGAAAGGAAUUAGUGAUCAGAAAGCCGAGAAAAUCAUGAAAGAGGCGAUGAAAUACGUACAGAUGGGCUUCACGACGGGAGCCGAAGUGCACGUAAAACGCAGUCAGCUGGUACAGAUAAGGACUGGAUCCGCCGCCCUUGACAGACUUUUGGGAGGAGGAAUCGAAACGGGAAGUAUCACAGAGGUGUACGGAGAAUACAGAACUGGAAAGACGCAAUUAUGCCACAGUUUGGCGGUUCUAUGCCAAUUGCCAAUUGAUAUGGGUGGCGGUGAAGGAAAAUGUAUGUACAUCGAUACGAACGCAACGUUCCGACCGGAGAGAAUCAUCGCCAUUGCUCAGAGAUACAACAUGGACAGUGCUCAUGUCCUCGAGAACAUCGCCGUGGCUCGCGCUUACAACUCAGAACAUCUGAUGGCCCUGAUCAUCCGAGCCGGCGCAAUGAUGUCCGAAAGUCGAUACGCAGUCGUCAUUGUCGACUGUGCUACUGCUCAUUUCCGUAACGAGUACACCGGAAGAGGAGAUCUCGCUGAGAGACAAAUGAAGCUGUCGGCGUUCCUGAAAUGUCUUGCCAAGUUAGCCGAUGAGUACGGUGUCGCUGUCAUCAUCACAAAUCAAGUGGUUGCUCAAGUCGAUGGAGGUGCUUCGAUGUUCCAAGCAGAUGCUAAGAAACCGAUCGGAGGUCAUAUUAUUGCACACAUGUCGACAACCAGACUGUACCUACGAAAAGGCAAAGGAGAGAAUCGAGUGGCGAAGAUGGUGCAAUCGCCAAAUCUUCCAGAAGCUGAGGCAACCUACUCAAUCACCAAUCAUGGAAUCGAGGACGCACGCGAAGACUAG